CCUCUACAGAACAAUGGCCGCCGAGGCUGCGCAUGCGCGGAGCCUUGUAUUUCUUCCAGGCGAUUUCCCCACAAAGCAAUGGUUGUUUGUGCGCGCUUAGGCCUGCGUGCGUAGGGCUCGCUUCAGUUUGGGUUCUGGAAGCACCGCUUGCUUACUGCUGAACCCCCCAGGAUGCCGCAGAAACCUGGAGAAGAGGAGGAAGAGGAGGCGGCUUCCCGGCGCCUGCGCUCGGCGAAGACCCGGGAGCCGUGUGAAGUCAUAUUUUGCAACCGCACCGGCCGUUUGGUUAGCCCCGUCUGGGUGGACUUCGACGGGAAACCGCACCCCUAUCCGAGCCUGAAACCGGGCACGGGGCGCAGGAUGCACAGCUACCUCGAACAUCUUUGGUUGUUCAGAGAUGCUGGGACAGAUGAUAGUCUUCUUGUCAACAAGGCAGAACUGUUUGUGGCUACUCGCAAUAUGAAUGGACAGCCCAUACUUGCAAAUAUUACAUUACCAGUGUUUACUCUGAAAGAAAGAUGUCUUCAGGUUGUCCGCACUUUAGUGAAACCAGUGGACUACAGGAAAUUAGACAUUGUUCGGUCAUUGUAUGAAGAUCUAGAAGAUCAUCCAGACAUUAGGAAGGAUCUUCAGCGACUUUCUCUGGAAAGGAGUGAUAGGUCAAGGAAUGGAAUCCCUGAUAGAAAUGAAUAUUAAUAAGUGGGAAAACUACUUUUACUAAUAAAUUGCUGAGUAAAGCACAAACGUUAACUAUGGUUUAUAAACUGAAGAUACAUCAACAUUUCACAAUGUUCUUGGAAGCAGACAUUGUUUUGGUUUAGCACAUGUAAAAGUGCUAUUCUGCAGUUGAAAAUACUUAGCUAGAUCCUGCCUUGGCUAAACCCCAUCUUUUAUAUUACAUGAAGUAAUAUAAAUGUUUGUCCAGAUAUCACAUGGUUGAAGGUGAAAUGUUGGCAAAGCUGUUACCAUAUUAUUUUUUCUUUAUUUAAAAUAAUCAUUUAUUAUAGAUGUUUAGAAAAUGCCCUGUAUUUAUUGUCAUUAAAACUUGGGCAAAUUCCCUCUCAUAUUGAAGGUUAAAUUAUCUUUAAACUGUAACUGAGCCUGGAUUUAUUGUGCAGAUUGAAUGUGAGGUUAGAACAUGAUGGAUUUGCUUUCCCUUGUGCCAGUGGUUUCCUGCAAGACAUUGUUAUUUCAGGUGGUGUGCAGAUCUGCUUCCACUGUGCAGGAUCCAUGUCCUUGCCCCAUGCCUGUCUGUGCUGCUGUGGAAAUUUGGUAUGAUGGGAACAGAAUUGUAAGCUAUAUACAUAUAUAACUUGUUAAAACAUGAAUCAACUUAUGUAUUACUCCUACUCCUACUACAACCAAAGUAAGCGCCUGAUGACCCUGUAGUGCAGACAAACUCUUAUGCCAUAUCACAAUUUUACCCUGGUUCAAUAGAAUCGGACAAUAGAAUCUUGUCCUUCCUGUUCCUCCCCUGACCUUUGUAUACUAGCUUAACUCUAUGACAUGUUGAAGCAUUAUAAAACUGACUAAAAGUUUUGAGCUACAGUGGUGAUCAGUGGAACACUAUUGUCUUAUUUUCCAGUAUCUUGUGUUUGCACCUAUUGAAAUGUGUCAGUUUGUACAAUUCAGGCAAUUGUCAGGAGUCAAAAAAACCCAGCAUUUUCACUUCACUUCUUUGAUCUUGUAUAAUUUCUGGUGGAAUGUACAUCCUGACAGGACUGCUAUGAAAUGAAAUUGUUUGCAACAUUAAGGUGUACUGAAUUCUUUUGCAAAUUAUUACUUUUGUAAAGUCACUAGUUUGUGAUGUUAGAUGGUAUACUGACUUAACAAGUAUACUUUGUAAAAAAAAAAUUAAAAGAAAGCUUGAAGGAUUUCUGUAUGUAUGAUAAAUGUAUACUUAUGUGUCAGUUUAAAGACAAACGUAUGCAUGCAAAUGGAGCUUUCUCUUAGAAUUCUGUGGGAUAACUAAUAUGCGUGGUGUAGUCUGAUAAGAAAUGACCACUUUACAGAAGAGACGAAGCACAGUUAAAAUGCCAUUUUCCAGCUUGGGCAGAGGUGCCCUGUCUGGGCAGGGUCCUAAAUAAUUUUAUUUCCAAAGUAGACUAUGGGCAUUUCCCACUGGCUUUGUUUCUUGUAUUUGUGGGUGCUGGGGUUGAGCCUCUGUAGAUUCCUCCACUUCUACAUGAGGCAGCAAAAAUAGCAACAUGAAGAGGAAGAACGUCUUUUGUGAAAAUGAAGUCCAUGCAAGUUAGAAUUUAGUAAAUAAGCUUUCAGUUCCGUAUCUGAAUUCUUGAAUAUAUGAGGGCACAUUGGGUUUAUAACUACCUUUGAAUUAAUCAUUUGGAACCUUGUUAGUUUUGUGUGGUUCUUGAAUUAAUCAUUUCAAGGCUUUUUUUUUACUUUUGGGGUGUUUCUGUGUUUAUCUGACAAACUCACAGUGAUAGGAUCAGCUGCCCAGAUCAGUCUGCUUGAACUGCAUUUCUGAAGUUUUAAAAAUUGCUUUUAAUAUGUAUUCAGCUGUUCCUCAACAUUCCAUGCAUUGUAGUUUCAUUUUUUUUUAGAACUUCAAGACAUUAAAACAAUUGUUUCCUAA